UAACUAUCUGUUAAUGAACAUAAACUAUUGCAGUCCAAAUUUCUAAUUUGAGAAUCGACCUCCUCUAAAAGAUUAUACAUCAAAUGUCGAUAAUAUUAAAUAAGCUAAAAAUAGGAUAGCUGAAUUAUAACAUAUAAUUCAUGAAUUAAAUAAAUCUAAUGGAAAAAAGUCUGUGUCACCUUUAGCUAAAAGUCCUGUAAAAGUGAAUGUCCCUAUUGAGUACCAUGGUACUUCUAAAAAGUAAAGUCCAAGAUUUUAGACUCCUGAAACAAAAUAAAGAGAAAUAAGAAUAGUAAGUGAAAAUGUGAAAAUGCAAACUGAAAAUAUUCUUGAAUAAGGAAUAUUAUAAGGAAUUCUGCCUGACCAUUUAUUAGAAAAAUCAAUAGACAAUUAUACAUAAUCAAAAGUACUUGGAUUAGGUUCUUAUGCUAUUGUAAGAUUGGCAUAAAAAGGAUAAUUAAUUUGUGCUAUUAAAACAUAUGAAAAAGCUAAAAUUAAUGAUUAACAAAAAAGAAAAAAUGUUUGUAGAGAAGUCAAGAUUUUAUCAAAAUUAAGACAUUCUAAUAUUAUUAAAUUAAUUGGUGCUUGUGAAACUCAAGUUUAAUUACAUGUAAUAAUGGAAUAUUACAGUGCUACUUCUUUAAAUACUUUUAUUAAGUAACAACCAUAAAAGAAACUUGAUGAAAAUGAAGCUAAAUAUAUUUUUAUUUAAAUUGUAGAUGCUUUAAGAUAUUGUCAUCAUAAAAGUGUUGUUCAUAGAGAUUUAAAAUUAGAAAAUAUACUUAUUGAUCCAUUAAAUAACUAAAUUAAAAUUAUAGAUUUUGGGUAAAAUAAUUCUUAUUCUUUAUAAUAGUUUCUCUAUUGCUAUUGAUCCUGCCAGUAGACUUAAUAUAUUUUGUGGUACUCCAUCAUAUAUGGCUCCAGAAAUAGUUAAUAAAUAAACUUAUAGUUUUCCUGCUGAUGUUUGGGCUUUAGGUAUAUUACUUUAUAAAAUGACAACUGGAUAAUUUCCAUUUAGAGGUAAUGAUGAUAAAGAUUUAUAUAAAUCAAUCAAUACUGGAAAAAUUGAAUUUCCUUAAAAUAUGUCAUUCUAAUUAAAAAAUUUAAUCAAAAAGAUUUUAAAUACUAAUUAGAAUGAAAGACCUCCACUUAAAGAAAUAGCUUUGGAUGAUUGGCUUUAAUGA